AUGUCUGAAGUAUUAACCGAACAUCAGAAUGAGGAUAAUGUAGACCCAGUUAACUCUGAAAUAUCAUAUAUAACCACGCAAGAAAUCUUCCCUGACUUAAAAAAAGGAAUCAAACUACCCAAAUCGCCAUUACAAUGGUCAACUGCAGCUAACGACUUGUUCAAACUAACUUUUUCAAAUCUUCCAAUCACACCGCGCGAUUUAAAUAAUAACAUUAACACCAUGGCAACAGUCGUCUGUAACUAUUUCAGCGAGAAUUUUGGAUAUGUCAACAAUCAUAAUGAUGUUCAAUACCAAAGAAAAUAUGAAAGCUUUUCAACUAAAGAUUUGAAAAAAUCUUUAAAGGAAUUAAAAUUAGAAAACGGAGAUAUCUUGGAGAUCAAGUUCCUCGCAAAGAAACUGCGCAACAUUCUUAAUAAGUCUAAUAAUACGGACCCAAAUAUCACUGAUAGUCAUGCGUCUGCAAAUAUUGAUCACGAUA